AACUUGCGUAGGAAUACAAGAACCAGCUGCUUUCCAUCGAAUUCUUGCUCCCUAUAGUCCAAAUUGCUGUUGUUGUUUUACUACUCUCCCCGUCCGUCCAAAGUUUGUUCAUCAAAAUGCCUAUCUCCAAGAUCCACGCCCGCUCAGUCUACGACUCUCGUGGUAACCCCACCGUUGAGGUGGACGUUGUCACCGAGACCGGUCUUCACCGUGCUAUUGUUCCUUCUGGAGCUUCUACCGGUCAGCACGAGGCUCACGAGCUCCGUGAUGGCGACAAGUCCAAGUGGCUCGGAAAGGGUGUUCUAACUGCCGUCAAGAACGUUAAUGAGACCAUUGGCCCCGCCGUCAUUAAGGAGAACCUCGACGUCAAGGAGCAGUCCAAGAUUGACGAGUUCCUCAACAAGCUUGACGGAACUCCCAACAAGAGCAACCUUGGUGCCAACGCCAUCCUCGGUGUCAGUCUGGCUAUCGCCAAGGCUGGUGCCGCUGAGAAGGGUGUCCCUCUUUACGCUCACAUCUCCGACUUGGCUGGAACAAAGAAGCCCUACGUCCUCCCCGUCCCCUUCCAGAACGUCCUCAACGGUGGUUCCCACGCCGGUGGUCGCCUGGCUUUCCAGGAGUUCAUGAUUGUUCCUGACACUGCUUCCUCUUUCUCCGAGGGUCUCCGCCAGGGUGCUGAGGUUUACCACAAGCUCAAGGCUCUUGCUAAGAAGAAGUACGGCCAGUCUGCUGGCAACGUCGGUGACGAGGGCGGUGUUGCUCCCGAUAUCCAGACCGCUGAAGAAGCUCUCGACCUCAUCACCGAAGCCAUUGAGCAGGCCGGCUACACCGGCAAGAUUCACAUUGCCAUGGACGUUGCCUCCAGCGAGUUCUACAAGCCCGAGGAGAAGAAAUACGACCUCGACUUCAAGAACCCCGACAGCGACCCCUCCAAGUGGCUCACAUACGAACAGCUUGCCGACCUCUACAAGUCCCUUGCUGCCAAGUACCCCAUUGUCAGUAUUGAGGACCCUUUCGCUGAGGACGACUGGGAGGCCUGGAGCUACUUCUACAAGACCUCUGACUUCCAGAUUGUCGGUGAUGACCUGACUGUCACCAACCCUCUCCGUAUCAAGAAGGCCAUUGAGCUCAAGUCCUGCAACGCUCUCCUUCUCAAGGUCAACCAGAUUGGUACCCUGACUGAGUCUAUUCAGGCCGCCAAGGACUCCUACGCCGAUGGCUGGGGUGUCAUGGUCUCUCACCGUUCCGGUGAGACUGAGGAUGUCACCAUUGCCGACAUCUCUGUCGGUCUCCGCUCCGGACAGAUCAAGACUGGUGCUCCUGCCCGGUCGGAGCGUCUAGCCAAACUGAACCAGAUCCUCCGUAUUGAGGAGGAGCUCGGCGAGAACGCCGUCUACGCCGGCCAGAACUUCCGCAAGUCUGUUAACCUGUAAAUGCCGCUAUGAAAACAAACUUCCCCAGUCAAACCUGCAACAUCAGGGAAUUAUUGGGUUAAAUUCCUGAACUGGCACGACUCAAGUUUAGUGUGCUGCUCACCCAAUUGAGCAGCAUAACCUAGCUGUAUCAACGAGUGACCGGGAAAGGACAGUUAUGAUGACGAAUCUACCAGCCAGUUACAUAUACAGUGGCCUAAUGAAAAGUUUCUGAAAUC